AUGUCCAUAACACCCUUUCACUUUAGCUUUUCAGUCAGCAAUAGCGAUAUUCUAGCUGACAAGCUAUAUGGAGACUUGCAAAACCUACUUUCAAAAUGGGGUCUCCGUGUGGGGGCUGGAAACUGGCUUCUGAAAACUUUUAAUUAUCAGACCACAUCAAACGAUGUUGCCAAUGCGUGUGAUUUACCGCUAUCCGAUCCCCAAGAGGGGAUACAGGGACCCAUUAACAGGAACAGCUUGAACCCUACCUCGACGUCGGGUAGCUCGUCGUCUCCUUUGCACUUCGAUAAAAGUGCAGCUGGAGAUUUCUUAAAGAACUUUUUUUCUAGUCCAGUAGUUCAGGAUUCCUUACGGCAGGCUGGUUACUGUCAUCCUAAACACCCUUCAGAAGGGGAAUCAACAAAUUUGGUGGUGUCGGAGGUCGCCUAUACAUUAUUGUGCACAAAAUGGGUAAAUUUGGAUCAUCUGAUUGAUGCGCUUGUUCGUGUGAAGGCGGUACGUCGGGUGUUCGAUGGCGAUACGUUAAAAGGAAACGGCGCUAAUCCGAAUCGUUUUGAGACUACACGUCUGCCGAUCACCAAGCGUAUGGAGGAGAUGCUACCAAAUGAAAUGUUCAUCUCGGAUGAGGUGCGAGCAUUGUUUUUACAGGCUAAUACUCGCAAUGAGCAGCAUGUUAGCAGUUGUUCUGAUCAGCACUUUGCUGCCAACAAUGUAGUGGGGUGCGAAGACGAGGCAGAAGAGGACGAUGAGGAUGAUCCAUACUACGGUUUAAUGAUGGGGUCAUGUGGUGAUAACAAGUUUCCCAGGUGCACCUUGCGCACUGCAUAUACCGCGGAGGAUCGGCGGGAGUUUAUUUAUCACUUAGCAUGGCGCUUAGUAGCAGGAGGAGGCGCUAUGAAUCAGUUCGAAGAUGAUUUUGUUGUCUAUCGCGAUGCAGUGCGCGAGUUAUACCGUCGACUCAUAACCUCUAUUCAAAUUCAAAAGAGUGAUGAGUUAGGGAUUGCGUCUGACAAAGAUAAUUCUCGAAAGGUUGAUGAUCUCGAUAGUGUUCAAGGAGCUACGGUGAAAUACACACCGGAGGUUCUCUCUCAGGUUUUUCACGUUCACGAUGUGGAGCCACUGCGGCUGUUUCCACGUUCAGACGGCCGUAUUCCUAGCAAUCUCAACUACAGUUAUGUAAUCUUAAAUCCCCUCCAACAAACGGCAGUGUUGUGGUAUCACUGCAGCUGA